AUGGAUAGUGCAAAUGAUAUUCUUAUGCAGGCGUUAUUAUAUUCAUUGAUUCCGGCUGAGAUACUGGGUUUUUUUGAAAUAUCAUUAAAUCCUGGUGGCGAGAUUAUUUUAAGAUUACUAGACUCGGAAUUUUGUUCCCGAGAUUAUGAAAAUCAAAACGAUUUUGCUGAUUGGAUUCUCUCUGUUCAUGCUCUGCGAACCGCUAUUAAAGAAGGUAAAGGAAGCAAAGACACUUCUGCCAAAUUAUCAAGACAACUAAAAGUGGGAAUUGAUGAUGAAAUUGUUACCACGGAGAAAAAUAUGAGAAAUCUCCGAUUUAUUGGUGACGAUCCUCACGCUAUGGAACCUUUACGCAUUCAACCAACUAAAGGCGGAUAUGAUUGGUGGCAAGCGACAUUAAGUUACCGAGCUCGACUUUAUGAAACGGAACGCGAUAAAUUAGAAGAUAAAGAAUUAUCUUCAACAGAAACUUCUGAGGCAAUUCCCAUGGCCAUUAGUGUUAAACAGUUGCACACUGUUGAAACAUGGUUGAAGGAAGCUCGGGAGGUCAAGGAAGGAGAACAACCUCUGAAAUAUAUAAAAUCUCAUGCAGUCAGAGUAAAGAAAAGGAAGAUAAAAUGGCCGAAUACUUUGAUGAUGCACCAAGGGAAUCUGGAUUAUAUGCGGAAUGGAAAACAGUCCUAUAACCCGAAACAUAUAAUUGUGGUAUAUUUCCGAAGGUUAAUCCUUUGCACAUUUAGGGAAGAUUCCUGUAAACAAUUUGUGGUAUUGCCAAAGUUGAAAAAAAAACUUGAGAUUGAGUUUGCCCAAGCUGUUGUAAGAAAAUUUUUCUUUCGAGUACUUUCUAUUAAGACCGGUUUCAAUUUCCAAUGUCAUCGAUAUACGCCUAUAAUUGAGGGUAUUGUUAUCGAUAAAGAGAAUGAAGAAAUUGUUCUAGAGGCAUGGAAAGCACAUUCAGCUCAAGAAGCCGCAAAACGACGAAAGAGAGCAUUACUCAGAUGA